GCAGACCGAACGCAACUCAACGCGGCGCUCUAUUUCAAGCUGGAUAUCAAUCUGAUAUAUAAUAUUGUUACAAGUUCUCGAUUUUAGGCAAAAUUGGCAAGCUACCAUCCUGGAACUGUUUAGAGAAUGCCGAGGAGAAAACAAAUUCGACCAACGCGGAUGAAAUACUCUGAAGAUGGUAAAGUGAUCAAGGAAGAGGCUGAUGAUGAAGGUGAUCACGACGGCAGUAGCGAAGAUGACGAUGACGAAGAGAGUGAUGGUGAUGACACGCAGCAAUCCGAUGAUGUCAAUGACGACAAUGUCGCGUCUGAUAAUGAAAUAAAAACCGCUGAGAAAGACAGUGACGUGGUGCAGCCAGAAUCUGACGAGGAAUUUGGUCUUAAAUCUGAAAAUAGUGAAGAAAAAGUUGACAAUUUUGAAGAAAGUAAAGACGAAAUUGAUGCUUUAGAGAGUAUAACAAAAAACAUUGAGAAUUUUGAAAAAAAUAUGCAUGAUUCUGAUGAGAACGAUUCUAAUAUUCGGACUAAAUCAGAUACUUAUGCAAACAUGUUAGUGACAUCGACUCCUAGUGUUGAUCUUGCUCAGCCAAUGAAACGAAAGUGCUCGUUUGAGAUGGAAAGGAGUGUGGAGCACGACCUGUUGAGAAACAAUUAUCCUUCCUCUCAUGAAACUGUGAUGGAUUUAAGUGCCAAAAGACCAAAGUUAGAGCAUUCCUCUAGUGAUGUGUCACAGUCAUCGCAUAAACCUAAUACAUAUCAUAGUAGUUCAAGAAACAGUAGCAUUGAUCCGAGUCAGCCUUUGGACUUGUCACAAAAAUCGUCGAGGAAGGCAACUCCAGAAAGUAAGGGCAGCACCACCUCAAUUCCACUGCGGAAUAGCCAUCAUGAACAUCGGAAUCACCGGAGGGAGUCGCGCAGUCCCUAUCACAAUUCACGGAAUAAUUCACGGGAAUCUCGGAGUAGCUAUCAAGAUUCUCGGAAUAGUCACCGUGAGCAUGAUACGCAUGGUACCGCAAUAUCACCAUCUUUAGCAAGCCUGCAGCAGAAAUUUGGUAGCAACUUGGGCUACUGGUACAACGGUUGUUACCCGCAAUUUCCUCAUAUGAACUACGUGUUCUCGCAUUUGAAAAUACCAAGUCAGUACGAUGUAAUGCAGUACGAUAAACGGUCACUAGAGGGCUGGUAUGGCAAAAUAAUGCCCUCUAUUACUCAUCCUGUGAGUCGACAAACACAGAUUCUGAAACCUGCUCUUCCCUCGGCCGCCCCUCGUCCAGUUUCGAACGCUAGUGGAGUUCGACGAUCACCAUCAUCAGUGACAUCGACAGCGUCCUCUAGUCGGCCAAGUGCCAGUCUCCCAAUAUCAAAACCACCUAUGGAUAUUCCUAUUUUUUCAGACACUAAAACUGCCUUAAAGGGUAACUGCACUGAUUAUAAAUGCGACUGUAGCAAAGCCUACAGCUCGUUAUAUGAAUUAAGUGUUCACAUGCAGGAUACUGGUCACAUGCCGAGAAAUACUAAAAUCGGCCCCUCAGGUGAUUAUCCGAAAUUAGUCCGUGGGCAGGACAUGUGGUUAAAUAGUGGGUCUGAGCAGACGAAACAGAUUCUACGGUGCAUGCAGUGUGGUGAGUCGUUCAAAAGUUUGCCAGAGUUGACAGUCCAUAUGAUGAAAACGCAGCACUAUGCGGAUAUAUUUAGCUCUGCGCAUCGUAAACUUCACAAGUGCACAACCUUCUUUGAGAAGGAGAAUGAUACGAAGUCCGUUUUUAAGUGCCGAGUUUGUGAUACGGAGUAUGAUUCUUUGGACGGGUUGGCCAAUCACAUGGUUGAGUCAAAACACCAUAAAAAGCAAGGCUGGCGGUUCCAGAACAGCUCCAAUGGUUCCUCUGCUCGACCAAAGGUGGAGACAUCUGACAACACAGACGGACUGAAUCGAAAGUCUAUCAAAAGGGAACAGAUUUCAAAGGAGGAUAGUCCAAAACCCAUAACGAGCAUUAAACGUGAAAUUAUAGACAAUGAUGUUUUGUGUGAAAAAAGAUACACUGCUGGUAAAGAUGAAAAAGGCCUUAACAAUUCACUGCUGUUUGACGGGGAUAAAAAUGGCGACAUUAACCAUAAUGAUACGUCGUCGGAAAUAUCCGAUGACGAGGUCGGAAAUUUGUUGCAACCCUGCAAGGAGGAGGUGAAGGAUGCUAUUAUAAAAGAGUUUAUUGCAAGCGGGCAUUCUACUCCUUCAGAUCUUGAUGAAGACAUGGCGACGAUUCGAUGUGAGAACUGCUUGGAACGCAUUCACACUGACGAGUUUGUUGAGCAUGUGCGAGUUUGUAUCAGUAAGAAGUCGCAAUCUGAAGUGAUUGGGAAGUUGAAAGCCAAAUUGACGGCAAGGUCAAGGUCAUGUAGCGAUGGUGACGAUGAGUGUUUAUCUGACGAUGACGACGAAAAAGACAAAAGCCGAAUUGAUGAGAAUCUGUUGAUGAAUGGUAGCCACAAUGUUGUUAAGUCUUUGCGAAAGUCUCUAGAUGAAUCAAAGGACAUUUCGCCUUUAACAGGUAAGCUACCGAAGUCGAAGCAAGAGCCUGGCUCUGCUUUGAAAGCCAUGGAACAUUUCAUAGAUAACUUUAACGAGAAACGUUUGACGAAAUCACGUCAUGGAAUGAAAGCGCGGUCGCUGCUGUACAACGUUCCCAACGUCUGUAACUACCCUAGCAUAUCACCUCUAGUUGGUAAUAAUAAUUACAUUGACUCCAGUCGGUUCCUUAACCAUGAGACGAAACCUUCUGUGAGGAAUGAGGAGCGGAGAAAAAAUGGUUCAGAUACUGAGGAUAGGGGGCGAUCUCCUCGAGGCACGAGUCCUCCCAAUGUGCAAAACUUUUCUCCAAAGUAUGAGAGGAUGAUUGAGAAUGAAAACGGAGGAGGUGCACUGCAUAGUCUGUAUAAAUUCGCCUCAAUGGAUCCAAGGAAAGUUGCACCGAAACUACGAGCCAAAUUAGACCAAAAGCCGGACUUGUUGCAGACAGGAUCGGAUAAUCCUAUCACACAUUCACCUCAACCUAUUCGCCUUUCUCCCACUCCAACCAAAGUUCUUGACACUAACGAGCCUGUUAAGCGAUCAGAGAGAUCCAGGGAUACACCAGAGAGAGCAAAAAAUCACCAUUCUCCUGUGAGAGAAAUUGACAGAACUGUCAGCAGAGAUUCAGAUGGUCCGAGGCAGGAUUUAACUGGCAAGGCUGAUUGUGAUCGUCUGCGCGAUUCCCCAUCUCCUGGCUCUGGGAAGAAUCAGUAUCUACGUGUUGAGCCCGAGAGCCCUUCGGACUCCAAGAGCAACGGAUCAGCCUUAGACUCAUUGAAAGGCCUUGUCGUAAAACAUAUGGAAAAGGGCGAACAUCCUUUGAACAGUUUACAAAAGCUGAUAAACUCAACCGACGGGAAUCAUGGACCAACAAUUACAUCGCUACAGAGUAAAUUAGUGCAGAAUGGUCCAGUGUGGUAUUCCAUGUCAAACUCUGUGUUCUCACCUAAUAAGCUGCUUAGUCCGCACAGUAGGUCUGGCAGCCCUGUCCCAGAGCGUGGUGUAGGGGGACCCGGCGCUAUGGAUCUCACACCGGGGGCUCACACAAACAGUGAUCAUGGUUCUCAUAGUUCAGACUCGGACGAGGAAACAAAACCUAGCGACCUGAAGUGUGAUUUUUGCGGAAAAGUCUUCUCAAGUAAAGGUGGUUGUCGAUAUCACCGGAGUAAGUGUCCUCAGAAUGUGCCACGUGGAAUGGGUGGUCGAGAGGCCCGGAUUGUACGGACGCCAUAUAUGUAUAUGCCUCCCGAACAUACAAAUAAAUUCUCAAAAUAUUACGAGAUGGCCAGGGAACUUGCCAACAAGUCUAAAUGACGUCAGGAGCAGGCUGCGUUGGACACCUAGAGGGGUCAGAUCUUGCAUAGGGUUCUGAGAUCCAGCAACGAAGAGUCAUUUGAGAAUAUCACAGAACCAUCAUCAGUUUAAAAAUUUCUCAGGGAUUGCAAAAUUGCUUUCAAAGAAGUUACUCCUAAAGUAUGAAGAAACCUUUUGUUAACUCUUUGGGAAAAAAUAUUUGAGGCUAGAUUUAGAGUGUAAACAGAAAAUGUUUCUAGUGAGAAAAAAAGUUAGGUCCAAGGAUAUACAUGUAAUGCAUUUGCCUUUGAUGUAGUUUCAUAUUUGCUCUUCCUGGACCCUAGUGCUGAUGACACAUCUGUAACACUCCUCUCUGACAUCUAACCAGAUUUUGAAAUAUCAGUGAAUCUUCCAUGUUUUCAUUUGAUUUUCAUGCAUUUAUUAAUGUACUUUCUUUGUCUUGUAAAUUUUUCUCAAUCUCCAGGCAGCAUCCGGGGCCAUACUUUUGUACAUAGUUUUACAUUGUUACGGAGCAAAGUUUGGAGCCUGACUGUUACAAACUUGCUUGCCGAUAUCUGCAUUUAGAAGAAUUGAAUUUCAUGUAUUGGUAAAGUUGAAUCUCUUCAUGUUUACAAACCUUUACGACCACAGCGGGAAAGGUAUCAGUUUACCUUUGCAUUACAAAAUAAACCAGACCUUCGCAUAGUGUAGGAUGAGGUGUAAUAGAAAUUGAAUAAAAUUAAUCUCCACAGGCCUUUACACUCCUUAAAAUGAACUGUUCUACUUCUUUAGUGUUAUAUUUGCUCUCGAGGUAAGCACAUAUUUUUAUGAGGUAAACCAAUACCUUUAGUGGCCAACAAUGAAUAUGAUUUGGGUUUGCUGCUGCCUACUUUUCUUCAUCUUGACCAGUUGUAUAUUAUUAUCAAAUUUAGGGCCAGCAAUCAGUCAUCCUAUCUACUAAUAGUCAGAAGGACUACCCUGUUCAAAUACGUAUAAUUUAUAAAUUUGAAAUUUGAAAAAGUCAAAACACGUUUUAGCAAAUUUGCCUCCUUGAUACCUGCAAUACAGCAAUGUUUAUUUCUAUUUACCAGUGCCACGAGUAAAAACAAUGAACAAGAAUGAUGGGUGCGAGCCUUUAAAGCCAAAAUCUUUGCUCCAGGUCUUUUGUCCGUACGCCCAAUUACUUGCUCAUUUCAAAUCUGUGUGUAUGAAUAUCUCUAUUGUGAAUUGACUGUAAAUAAGAAAAUAUUUAUUAAGUGGAAUGUUGAGGUGUUUUCGGGACUUAAAGGGACAACUUGGCCAGAAGAUAUGUUGGUUUUCCACACAAAGACGGCUUCCGGGAGGCCAUCAACUUCUCAAAACAGGAUCAUUGCAAAAACGACAGCAGUAAACAUGAAACAGGGCCAGAACUUCACCAGCCAUGUCCAAAACUGCCUCGCAACACUGGCGAAAACCAUCAGUGUGAUACCACAGGUGGCGGCGCAUGGUGGCAAGCAGGGGUAUUAUCCUCCUGGCCAGGUAAAUACCACGCCCAAGUUGUCCCUUUGAGGAGGAUCAACAGCUCCAGAAAGUGCCUGCACUAAUGAAAUUUACAAAGUUUGUCUACCGAGGGCAGUACUUGGAUGUAUCAGAAAAUGUACACAGACCUUCUGCCAAAUGUUUUUGCACACAUUCCAGUGUACAUUUGCAGCGCCCUCUGCAUGGGAACACUGUAAACUACAUUAAAUAAAACGCUCAGAAAAAUUUCGCUGUUAACUGGUAAUUGCUUGAGUCUGUAUUAGUAGGUAACAGAGACUGAUGUUCUAGCAGAACUGAUUGGAAGCAGGUAAUUAUGAUAAAUUGGCUUUCACUCAGUGUGCUGCCAAACGAAUAUUGGUGAAAUUAAAGGGAUAGUCAUGAUGGCUGUGUUUAUGUUGCUAGUGGCCAAAUUUUGACUGAGGUUUGUGAUGGGGCCAAAUGCCCUCCUUGCAACAGUGAUAUCAACAAAUUCUACUGUGGCAUGAGAUAUGUUGUUUUCUCUUAUAAACAUGGCUUCCAUUAGGACCAUGACUUCUCCAAGCAAGAUUAGUGAAAAAUAUUGAACUGUAAUAAACAGAGCACGACAAUGGAUUGUAGCCUUAGGCCUACCUGAAAUUCACUGGGUCUGCCUAAAACCACCAAGCAACAGAAGAAAAAAUCCUUAUCCAAAAUCAGUAUUAGUGUAACACUACAUUUGGUAACACUACAUUUGGUAACACUACAUUUGGUAACACUACAUUUGGUAACACUACAUUUGGUAACACUACAUUUGGUGGCACAUGGUGGCACAUGGUGGCAUGCUGGGGUAUUAUCCUCCAGACCACCUAAAUCCCAUGCCCAAGUUGUCCCAAAGAGGCAAGGUGACCUAAAAAAAACAACUACAGUCAUCACAACUGAAAAACAUGGUGUUUAUUUGGUUUCAACCCUCCUGUGGUUUGACAAUAGGCAAAAGCUCGUGGGUCCAAAAUGUGCAGCAAGCAGUGGCGUGUAAGGGAACAGGGUCCUGUUUGAAUUGGUGAUGAAAAGAAUCCUCGUACAAUCAGAACAGUGUAUUGGGAUGGGAGAGACGCCUAUUGAUGAUGUUGAUUAUCUUCAUCUGGCCCACUUGGCUAAUAUUGCCAAUGGUCCCCGUUUAAAACUUGAAAAGAGACUUGACUUGGCCUUAGCAGGAAGGACUAAAUCAACAGCAAUAUUAUGAGAUGAUAACUUGAUUCCAUAAAACCCAACCACGAUUCUUUUUCAUUAGGAUGUUUGCCUUUGAUGUGUAUUGACUGACAAGCUCGCCUACGCUGUCGGCCUGUGACUGCCCAUACCAACCAACUAAUAUAUGGGCAUCCCCAACGGGUGCAUUUCAGCCAAUUGCAGAGCCCAAUUCAUCACAAUUAUUUCCUCGCGAUCAAAAAUGCUAGUGUGUGCAGGGCUUCGAUGGCUGCUAAGGCAGUAUGUCACAUGAUAUAAACACAUAAAUCAAUUGCCUAGA